AUGGCUGGCAGAUACGAUAGGCAAGAGAAGGCUCCUCCUGCACCUCAAAUCCCUGAUCCUCACCCCAGCCAGAGCCCGCCUCCCUCGCCCCCCGCAUUGGGCAGCAGGGCGGGGAACCUGCUCAACGCGGCUUCCAGCCCAUCUGCACAUUAUUUUAAACAGACACCGGCUCACAGGGUUUCUGGAAGAGAAGAAACAACUGAAAUUUGUGAGCUGCCUGAGAAUUCCGAUCACUCACAUUCAGAAAGUGAUGGAGAGAGUGACCCAGAACAGGUCUCAGUGUACCACAAGCUACUGGCCACAUUAAAGACAGUUCCAGAUGCCAACAAUGAAGAUGAUGAUGAAAACGAGUCUGAAGAAGAUGGUGAGAGUGAUGAGGCAGAGACAGGCAGUGAAGAGUUUCAGGAGGGGGAAGAUGUAGAUGAUUCAGCUGAUAAAGAAGAUGAGGGUGAUGUGCAGGACAAGGAAGAAGAAGCUAAAGAUACAGCAAAGCAGACGCUUGAGCAGGAGCAAGCCAACAGAGCAGAUACCUCUAGUGACCCAAAACAUGGAGCAAGUGAAGAGUUCACUGAUGUGAAACUUGAAUCUGAAUUUAGCUUGGAAACCAAUUUCUUGGAUGAGGAGACUGGUGAUUACAAUGCAGAUGAGAGAGAGAAAAACUCUUCUGUCAUGGUUUCAGAAGAUCCAUUCAAACAACAUAUGACCAAAGAACUGGAAGAAAAAGAAAUAGAAAACAUUUUGUUACAUCCUAAAAAUACAGUUCAGCUAAAGUGGCCAACGCUAGGCCAGUUAGUUUUUUCUUCUGCACUACAGCAGUCAGAAACUUUUAAGCCAUGUAAAGAAGCUGGUUUGAAACGGCUUCAUCUUCAUAAGACUUUAGAAUCUACCUGGCCAGAAGUGAAUCGCCAGUUCUUAUCCACACGGACUAAACAGAGCAGUCACCCAUUUACCCUGUUGCAAAAAGAACUCUUUUAUAUUAUGAAUUGCUACAGGGACUUGUUCUAUCCAGAAAGAACUGCCUUGGGGAAUGGGGAAGAAGUCCGUCAUACUUACUGUCUUCAUGCAGUGAAUCAUGUCCUGAAGGCAAAUGCCCAGGUCCUGAGCAAUAAUGCCAAACGAAGAGAUCACAAGUCAACAGUUGAGAGUGAUGACUUGAGGGACCAAGGACUCACUAGACCUAAGGUGCUGAUAGUAGUGCCUUUCCGUGAAUCUGCUUUACGGGUGGUGCAGAUUUUCAUCAGCCUCCUCGAGUCAGGGAGUAAAAAAAAAAUAGAUGUAAGUAACAAAAAGCGCUUCAAAGGGGAGUUUGGUUCUGAUCCAACCGACAGACCUCCUAACCUGAAAAGACCUGAAGAUUAUGAAGCUGUGUUUGCAGGCAACAUCGAUGACCAUUUCAGGAUAGGAGUUGCUAUUCUUCAAAAGAGUAUGCGAUUAUAUGCGCCAUUUUACUCUUCUGAUAUCAUCAUUGCCUCUCCCCUUGGUUUGAGGACUAUUAUUGGAGCAGAAGGGGAGAAAAAGAGAGAUUAUGAUUUCCUUGCAUCAAUAGAAAUUCUUAUAAUUGAUCAAGCAGACGUUUACCUGAUGCAGAAUUGGGAGCAUGUUCUGCACCUGAUGAACCACAUCAACCUGCUGCCUUUGGAGUCCCACGGUGUAGAUUUUUCUCAUGUGCGCAUGCUGAAUCUGAAUAACUGGUCAAAGUAUUAUCGUCAAACUCUACUGUUUAGUGCGCUUCAAGAUCCCCAGAUUAACUCUAUCUUCAAUAAGCACUGCUUCAAUUACAAAGGGCAGGUCGCUGUUAGGAACGUACCCUUGAUUGGUUCCAUCAGCCGUGUUGUGGUACAGCUUCCUCAUGUCUUCCGAAGGCUGGAAGCUGAAAGUUCUAUUUCUGUCAUAGAUGCAAGGUUUCAGUUCUUCAUUGACAAAGUUUUGCCUGAGUAUCGUGAUGCAAUCAUGUCACACACACUCAUUUAUGUUCCAUCAUAUUUUGACUAUGUACGUCUUCGAAAUUACUUCAAGAAGGAAGAGCUGAAUUUUAUACACAUCUGUGAAUACAGCAAAAAAUCUGAUAUCUCCAGAGCAAGACAGUUCUUUCUCAAGGGAGAGAGGCAGUUCUUAAUUUUCACAGAACGCUUCCACUUUUACAAAAGAUACCUAAUAAAGGGCAUCAGAAACCUUAUUUUCUAUGAGCUGCCAACCUACCCCCAUUUCUACAGCGAGGUGUGUAAUAUGCUGACAGCCAUAGCCACUGGAGAGGAAGCUACUUGGACUUGUACUGUUCUCUAUUCAAAGUAUGAUGCUCAGAAGUUGGCUGCCGUGGUAGGUGUAGAUCGUGCUGCUCAAAUGCUGCAGUCUAAGAAAAAUGUGCAUCUUUUUGUUACUGGAGAAAAUGAAUGAACAAAGUCACAGACUGAGACUCUUGUAUGGACUUGGAUCUUUUCGCCUAACAUAUACAUUGGUGUGGGUUUUUUAAAUAAUUGUUUGGGGGGAGGAGAAAAUAUAAAAAAUAUUUCAUUGGAAUUUGUUUUACAAGAUUAAUUUGUAUAUUUAAAUACAGCCACUUAAGCUAGCAAGGAAAGUAAAAGUUGCCAUUUAAGCGAAGCAAAAGUGCUGCUGCUGCUCUUGUGUAAGUGAACAAGCUUAGAAAAAAUCCUAGACUUCCUUGGCUAUCUUACUUCAUACUGGAAAAUAUUUAAUAAACCGUUGUGAAGGGGGAAAUGCCUUGCCAUUAGAUGAUGGGUACUCCUUUUUCCUCCAUUCUGUCUUGGGAAGUUCCCUAUGUCCCUUCAUUAAAGGUCACUCAUGGAGCAGGAAAUUCUUCCAGAUAUUGAGAGUGUGUUCAUGCAAGCCAUUCUCCACUACUUAAACUCCAUGUUGCCCAUCAUUUGAGGGGAUGGGAAUAGGCAGAGCCAGUACUGAGCCUGGAAGUCUACUGAGUAAUGAAAUAGCCCAAGCCCUGCAAACCUGAGUCAGCUGUCAUGGACCAGCUGCGGGUUUUUCUUUGCUGUAUAGACAUGCCCAAGAGUUUCUGAACACCUUGAAAUCUGUGAUCUCACUCUGUGGUUUGUGGUCCAGCGCCCUUGUUGUCUAUGGAUAGCUAGGUAGUCAUACAGUGCUGCCUCUCUUUGUUUCCAGGAACUGUAAUUGAAAGAAGCUAAACAAUAUCAAAUUAUUUCCUAAUAUUACUUUUCCUGAUAAGCAUUUGCAGUUGCCGUAGGGAUAUUAUAUGAUUGUGGAUGGAAGGGCUCGUGGUCUGUGAUCCAGAGUGGGAAGGAAAAUGCGCUAGAGCCAUCUAGGGUGUGAUCCAUGCUGUAAUAAAGUUUAAGGAAGUCCUCUUUCUUGAUUCUUAAUUAAACCAUUGCGGCAUGUUAAUAUAUUUUAAUAAAUCUGUUUUGCUCUUGAAAUAGUGAUCACUGUAUGUAAACUGCAGAUGUAAUGCCUGUAAACAAGUGCUAAUUGUGGUUAUACUGAACAUAAUUUCAACUUGUUCCUGUAUAAAAAUAAUUAUUAUUACAGUAUUUGUCAGCUGUUUGGUUGAGAUUAUCCACUACUAUUGUAAGUAUGCUUGAAAUACCAAUUUAUCCCUGUAGAAACAUAAGUCUAUAUGGUUGUUUGCUGUUUGUUUUAGUUAGGUUCCACUGUUCUAAGCCUUAGUGCCUAAGUUUUAGGCACACA